AGACAGAGAACGAGACCGUGAUGGUUGCGCCUUCCGAAGACAAAGGAAAUGGCUUCCUGUACGAGCCGCCGCCACCGAUCAAGACUGGAUCAGGCCAUCGGAUCACACGAGGCCAUGACGAGCCGGAUCGAAGGAGCAAGACAGGCCGAUUCCAUGAGCACCUGAUCGGUCCUUCUCAUCGAUCGCUGCACAUCCGAAAGACGUUUGACCUGCUCAACAUCUGUCUGGCACGAAAGGAUGCCAUGAGAUCAUUGAGAGCAUUGAGGGUGCUUCUGUAUAGCCACGAGUGGCGGCCGGAGGACCUGUGGAGGUAUGCACUCGAGGUGGCCACGAUGUGGGGGAACAGCGACGAAGCCGCGCAGACGAGAAUGACAAGGCAACAAGAGGCCGAGUCGGCACGGAGGAGGCUGGCCUUCCUGAGAUCCGUCAGCGCUAGGCGCGGUGGCAUUCGACUGGAAGCCUUUCUCGAAAUUGUCGCAGAGCUUGUCACCGUCAAGCAGUACGAAGAAGCCUUCCACGAGAUUGCCCUCGUCGUCGUCUCAUGGCCGUACAGUCUCGAGCCGUUGGUUCAUCUGUACGGCGCCCUGCUCUAUCUGUUUCUCGCUUGUCGCCAGCUACCCUCUUCGGUCGACGGGCAGAGGCAGGGUCGCCUGACGUUCGUCGGUGUUCCCUCAGAACAGGUCAAGCUUGCUCCGGUGCCAGACAAAUUGAUCCUGCUGAGAGAGAAGGCCGACGAAGAAGCGGUCAAGAUUGUUGCAGAUGCUUGCAAGCGAUUCGAAGUCGUCGUACGUACUGGAACGGUGCAGAGGCGGCGGAUGAGCCGGAGCGGCUCUCGAAGCAGCAGAAGCAGGAGCCGGAGUACGAGUCGAAGCAGGAGCAUGAGCAGAAGUAGGAGCAGGAGCAGAAGCAGAAGCCGGAGUCGCAGUGCCAUGGCGGGCCACGCUAGCAGCGAUGCUCGGCGUGGAAGAAGGGGUGCGAUCAAGAGCGUCGAAGGAGUACCGGAAGAAUUACUCAAUUCAAAAGGUGAAAAGGGCAAACGACAACGGCGGUCUCGAACGAGCGGCAGGAAGGAAGAUAGAUCCUCCAAGGCAAGGACCGUUGUGGCGUCGAGCGAGAGCGGCAAGAGGAAAAGGGUCAGCAGUCGAGACGCGGAAGACGAGGAGGAGGACAGCUUGGAGGAAGAAGCGGACGAGAUGGAAGAGCAGGCAGCUGACGCAAACGACGAGUGGGCGAGGGCUGUUGCUAGUGCCUACCUUGCAGUGCUGCGCGCGCCCCUCGAUGCACCGGACCGCAUCGAAGACAGCGAGGAGAGCGAGGGAAGCGAAGGGACAGACGACGACAACAACGGUGAUCAUUAUACAGUACAUACAUUGUAAAGUACAGCUAC